UCAAACAGCUGAUUGCGUCAUUGCAUUUAUAGUCAAAUAACGCAAAAACAAAAAACAAGUCGCAGUAGAUCGUAUCGAAUUCAACUGUAUUGUGCGAACGUUGCAAAUUGUUGCGUGAUAAAAAUCAUAAAAUGAAAUUCCAAUACAAAGAAGAACAUUCUUUCGAAAAGAGGAAGACUGAAGGCGAAAAGAUUCGCAGGAAAUACCCGGAUCGCGUUCCAGUAAUUGUAGAGAAAGCCCCGAAGGCUAGAUUGGGAGACCUCGAUAAGAAGAAGUAUUUGGUGCCGUCUGAUUUGACUGUCGGACAAUUUUAUUUCCUAAUUAGGAAACGCAUCCAUCUUCGGCCUGAGGACGCAUUGUUCUUUUUCGUGAACAAUGUUAUUCCACCAACAUCCGCCACCAUGGGCUCUCUGUACCAGGAACAUCAUGACGAAGAUUUCUUCCUCUACAUUGCAUUUUCUGAUGAAAAUGUUUAUGGAUUUUAAUUUUCAAUAAUAUGCUUAUUUUAAAAUAGAUAUUUAAUAUCACACUAUCUGACCAUAUGGUGAUGUUUAAUUUUAAGACUUAGCUUAAUAUUGAUGUAUUAUGUUAUGGUGAUUACUGAUUUUAUUGGCACAUUCACAUCUUAAUAAUGUAACACUAUUCAAAUAUGUGGAAUAUGUUGCUUAUAUUUCAAUCUCUUUGUUGGGUUUAGGCUUUUAAUGAUUUCUGUAUUAAAGUAAUAAACACAAAAGACAA